AUGGCUGCCGUUGGACCGAUGCGGGCAGCUGUCCUGGUGUCCCUGCUGGUGGCAAUCCCGGCCUCUGCCACCACCUCCGGAGACGAAAAUGAGAUUCCGACGCUCCUCCGACAUACCCAAAAAGUCUCUCCUGUAAGUUCCUUCGCAGGAGCCCACAGCUUACACAAGCGCAGCCUAUCCUUCAGGUCCUGCACGGGCGUCUACGACCGCGAACUCCUUGCAAGGCUCGACCGCGUGUGCGAAGACUGCUACAACAUCUACCGCGACGUCGGAGUGGCAGCCGAAUGCAGGAGUGACUGCUUCCACAACGAGGUAUUCCUGUACUGCGUCGACUACAUGUACCGGCCUCGCCAAAGGAACCAGUACCGGGCCGCCCUGCAGAGGCUCGGCAAGUAGGCGCUUCCUCUCCGGCCACACCUUCUACGGCGACGCUCGUGCGAUGAUUCUCCAGACGACCAGACCAGAU